AAGAAAAUUAAGAAUCAAAUUCAUAACAUGGGGAGAGCUCCUUGCUGUGACAAAGCCAGCGUGAAGAGAGGCCCAUGGUCACCUGAAGAAGACGCCAAGCUCAAGGCCUACCUCGACCAACAUGGCACUGCCGGAAAUUGGAUUGCCUUGCCCCAGAAGAUAGGGCUUAAGAGAUGUGGGAAGAGCUGUCGGCUUAGGUGGUUGAAUUACCUAAGACCAAACAUUAAACAUGGAGGAUUCUCUGAGGAAGAAGAAAACAUCAUUUGCAGCCUCUAUUUAAGCAUUGGAAGCAGAUGGUCUAUAAUUGCGGCACAAUUGCCUGGGAGAACAGACAAUGACAUCAAGAACUACUGGAACACAAGGCUGAAGAAGAAGCUCCUAGGGAAGCAGCGCAAAGAACAAGAAGCUCAGCGCAUCAAGCAAGAGGUAAAGAGGGAGACAGAAGAUUACUGUUCUGUUCCUGCAGGAGUCAUGAGCCAGAACACCCUAUACUGGCCACAGCUGCCUGCAGUCUUGCCUCCAAGGGCAGAUUUAAAUCAAAACUCUCACUUCAAAGACCAAGAAUCCCUCAGGAAUCUGGUUAUUAAGCUAGGAGGAAAAUUUUCCCACGACCAUUCACAACAAACAAGCUUUCAAUAUCCUCUUGGUGAAGUGUCCUUCACUCAAGAUCAAAUACUAUACGAAAAUUCGAUGAACAUGCUUGCUUCUUCCAAUUCUAUGAGUCCCAUAAGCAGUACUGCUAACUGCUCUCAGUUGUCAAAUACCAGCUAUGAUGUUCAGGGCCUUGAGAAUUCCCCGGCCGAGCUAAGGCAAAUGGUUUACGGCAAUCAACAACAACAGUUUAAUGAAUUGGAAGGCUUCUAUGGAAUGGAUAUGGUGGAUGGUAGCAGUGGGAGUAGUUCCGUAGAAAGCAGCAGCUGGGGGGACAUAAACUCACAGCUGGCUUAUACUCAAUUUGUGUCUGGGUUUCAAGGUGGCCACCAACAAAGUGUGCCUCAAUGGUUCUAACUUUUGAAGAGUCAAGUUAUUUUGGGUCACAUUAACAGCAGUACUACUACUGCAUAUGGGCGGGAUGUAAAUUUGUACUCUUAGGAAAUUAAUCUGAUUUCAGAGACUUUUAGAUAUCCUAUAGAUAUUCUAAUAAAUUCUUGCAAAAAGA